AUGCCCGACAUCCUCACGCGUCCCAUCGACGAGGUCGUACUUCUGCUCAAGCCGGUGCGUGUGAUUACUCGUGCCGGUCGGUGGAUGGCACGUCUUCCACUGCCUGUACGGCUGGCACGUAUGCUGCUGUUUGCCAAUCAGCACGAUCUCAUGCCCUACGCGGUGAUCCUUGUGGCUGCCCUCUCCGUCUCCGACUUCUUUAUGCCUGAGCCCGUGGAAGAGCAGGAGGAAGAGAAGGCAGACGAGGAGGACCCAAAUGUGGUUGGUGCAAAGCGACGACGACGGCAGAAAACCGAGGCCGAACGAAUCAUGGAUCAGCGUACCAACUUCCAGCGGCAGUUUGUGAAAACGCAAGGUGACAUCCUAUUGGGCGAUCUGGCGGUGCUCCUGGGCUCUGUCUGUUGUCUUGAGCGGUACUGGGCCCAGUUGGCCGGCGUCCUGCCAAUGGAAGAUUCACAGCUGGGUCACCUCGUCUCCACCAAUCGCGUCUCCCGCCUCAAUCCGGAGUCAACAAUGCGUCAGCUGGCGCAGAACUGCGGCAUUCGUUGGAAGGCCUACGUGGAGAUUCGGCAGCUGAGACGACAGCUCACCGACAUUCUAAACGCGAAUGUUCCUGAUCUCAAUUUGACCGUCGAUCCAGCACUUCCCAAACCGACCCCAGCACAAGUGGAGAGUUUGCGCCAGUUGUUUCUGGUCGGUUCGGCCUGUCAUCUCGCCACCAAAUUCGACGUGCCCGUGGAGGGCCUGCCGACAAAAGACAGACGAAGGCUUCGGUAUGCCUAUAAG